AUGUUAUCUAGGAGAAACUCUCAUUACUUCAAGUUUCAGUACCGAGAUCCGUGGAAAAUCUAUCGCAACUGGAUUAUGGAUGAGACAUUAGCGCCUCUCAUCCUUUGGCAUCCUUGCCGCAAAUAUUAUUGCCGUCGAAAUGGUAGGAUAGUCUUGAAAGAACGCAUAUACGACGAGUUCAAUUCAGCCAACAAAUGGUGGGACGUACAGGAAUCCUUUCCACAAGAAGAACCACCGCAUUGCUUUCUACCGAUCUCUCUCUGGCUUGACAAAGGCAACAUCACUAAGCGGGUCAAGAAGCACCCUAUAAUUAUUCGUCCGCUAUUUUUGCCGCGGGGGGUAAGAAAUGCGUUGGGAAAUGGAGGAGGUGUUCUUGUAGGGUAUAUGCCCAUUCCUUUGGACCCGGCCGACCCAUCUGACAGAAACACUGCUGAUACCAUUAAAUGGCAGUGCUUCAAGCGUGAAGUUUACCACAAGGUUGCCGAAGUAAUAUUCCACUCACUACGAUGGCCUGCACGCUUCGGAGAAGCAAUGGCCUGUGGUGACAAAAUUGAUAGAGUGAUACAUCCAGGAAUACCAGUCAAGUCUGUUGAUGGCGAAGAAAGCUGUGCGCUAACAGCUACGCGUGCGGCCCUGGCCAAAUUUCCAUGCCCGAAAUGUCUUGUCUGCCAUGACAGUUUAACGAAACUAUGCGGAAAUUUUCAGUGUCGCACAACUGACAACAUGGAGAAGGUGUACAAGCGUUCAAUCACAGCAUCAAAUAAAACGGAGGCUGAACGAAUCUUACAAGCCCACGGAUUACAUGCAACCAAGAACUUUUUUUGGUCACUCGACCACUCAGACCCAUAUUGUUCCAUUUCAUACGAUAAAUUACACUCCGAUGAUCUAGGAAAAUGGGGUAAGCACAUCUGGCCGCUCCUCCUCACAGUGUUAGCAGAAAACGGAAACAAAGGCCAUAUGGCCAGAAACAUGCGGAAUGUAUCAAGAUGGCCUGGACUCAAACACUUCAUGAACGUCACCACAGUCGAAUAUGCGGAUGGUCAAGUGUUUUAUGAUAUACUCAAGUGCAUCCUCCCAUGCAUCGUCCAAAUUCUCCCUAGGAACUCAACAUUAGUACAUGGUAUCCGAGCCUAUGCUAGAUAUCGGCUCAUGAUUGGCCUCAAUUGUAUGACCGAAGGGAGGACACACCGGCUAAAACAAUAUAUUAUUCAAUAUGAACAAUGUUGUGAACACAUUUCAAACAAUUACGAGAAGGACUUCCACUUUAGCAAGCAACACGCCAUAAAUCAUAUUCUCACAGAAAUCCGGCAGAAGGGUGCAACGGAUAACUACGACACACGAGUCAGCGAGGGCUUUCACCAAGAGGCGCAAGAAGCCUACGAGCAGACAAACCGGAAAGAUACAGACAGCCAGAUGGCUCGCAUUGACGAGAACCAAGAAGCCAUCGCCCACAUACGGAUGACCGUCGACAACUAUGAUAAAGCCCACCAUAACGACACUGAGGACCAAGACUUAGGAGAUGACGCUGGCAGAAAUGAUGACCAGAGGUCGACACAACCUACCCCCGAUAACCACUGGAUGCUAGGAUCUCCCACAAACCUGACAAGCUCGGUAGUCAUGGAGCAUUGCGAGGGCCUCAAAGGAUUUGACAAGCGUCUGCGGAGUUUUUUAGUCUCAAGUUGCAAUGUAACCGUUGGAGAUGGUCCCAUCUCAAUCAGGAAAUAUCAAUGCAUUUAUCUUAAGUAUCAAUCACACGAAGACUGGAGCGAAGGACGGGACAUCCUUCGCUGCAACCCCAACUUCAAUAAAGAAUCACGCUUCGACUGUGUUCUCAUUAACACAGACACAUCGGAGCCAGUUCCUGCUCAACUCCAAACCGUCUUUCGAUGUUUCCUUCAGUCCUCUUCGUUUGAUAUUGUGUCGGUCAAGAUAUUCAAGCCAUCAAAUGGAAUUCCGAGGACCAGAUGGUCGGGGGCACUUUUGUAUGAUGAAGCGAGAGAUUUCAAGCUGGUCAUGGCUAAGUCCCUGAUUCGGGGAGCUCAUAUGAUCGAGGCUUUUGAUCUGAAGGAAGGCCGGUUUUAUUUAAAUGACUUGAUUGAUGGUGAUAUGUUCCUACGUUUCGGGAACUGA